CUGCUAAACUAAAUCUAUUACAAUUAUCAAAAGAAAACAUCAAAAUCAUACUUUACAAUAUCAUUUCUAACUUCAUUCAUUCAAUUUCAACAGCUGUAUUCACUAAAAGUAUCACUUAGUGAAGAAUAUUAUUCAAUUUAAAAUCAUUUCCGAGUAGAUAAAUUGUGCAAAAAUGUCAACCCGUACAACUGCUGGUGGUAUUGGCUUUGCUGUCAUGCAAAAGCAAGCAUCGAAAUUUAAUAGUGAUGAAGCACAAGGUUUGUUGGAGUGGAUCAAAAAGAUGAGCGGUGAAAAUAUUUCAACCGAAGGAACACCCGAGAAUUUCUCGAAAUUGCUAAAAGAUGGAACACUUCUUUGCAAAUUAGCAAAUGGUAUUGAGCCGAAUGCUAUAAAAAAGAUUCAAAAACCAAUUUCAAAUUUUGCAUGCAUGGAAAAUAUUAAUGCAUUCGUUGCUUGGGCUAAAACACAAGGUGUACCAACCGAGGAAACUUUCCAAUCGGUUGACCUUUUCGAGGGUCGUGAUCUAUUUUCUGUUUGCGUAACAUUAUUAUCACUUGGCCGAAAAUUACAACAAGCCGGCAAAUCGAAUCCAUACUCUGGCUGAAUUCUAUCAUUUCAUCAAGCACAAUUUAAUCCAUAUUCUUUGAUGGAAAAAGCUGGUAAACCAUAUCCUAAUGUCACUAAACAAGAUUUCAAUUACAAAAUCCCGCAAUUGUGAAAUAUUUCGUGAUCUAUUUUUUUUUUUUGCAUACCUUUUAAUUUUCCGCUUUUAUUGAAAAAAGUACGUCAUCAUCAAUCAUCAUCAUCAUCAUCAUCAUCAUCAUCAUUAUCAUUAUCA